AUGGGAUAGGAAUGCCAGAAAUGCAAAGCUUACUCAGUUAAGGAAGAGUUUGACAUUAAGAACAUGGAUGAAGAGUUAGGAGAUGAGAGUCCUGACGUAGAGUAAUCAUUUUUAGAUGAGGAGGAUGAAGUUAAAAAACAUAGUAUUAUUAUAAAUUAUAGGAAAGAUAGGCCACCAUGUUUAGAUAAUUAUAAGAGAGGAAGAAUGUUAGGGAAGGAGGAAUGUUAUGAUUAAAAUGAUCCUAAAUUAUCUGCUACAAUAGAAAAUAAAGAAAUGGCUUUAACUGAAGAACAAAGAGGAGAGGAGAUUAUAUUAGCAGAUGGAUCAAGAUAUUAAGGUAAUGUGGUAGAUGGAAAGGCAAAUGGAAAAGGAAAGUUAUGGUUAAAUAAUGGUGAUAUUUAUGAAGGAGACAUAAUUGACAAUAUAAUCUAAGGAAAUGGUGUCUAUUAUUAUAAUAGAGGGCCUAUUUAUAGUGGAUAAUUUUUGAAUGGGAAAUCUGAAGGAAUAGGUAAGGAGAUGUGGCCUGAUGGAUCAAUUUAUGAGGGAUAGUUCAAAAAUGGUAAAAAACAAGGUUAAGGAUUAUAUAAGUGGAGUUAAGGAUGUAUGUAUGAGGGAGAGUGGUUUGAGAAUAUGAUACAUGGUUAAGGAAGAUAUGAAUGGUCAGAUGGUAGGGUAAUUGUAUAAAUGUAUCUAUAGUGUUAUUAAGGAAAUUGGAAUAAGAAUCAGAUGCAUGGGAGAGGAAAGUAUUUAUGGAAGGAUGGAAAGCAUUAUGAUGGAGAAUAUGAAUAUGAUAAAAAAUGUGGUUUUGGCAUUUUCGUUUGGGCUGAUGGUAAACAAUAUUAAGGUUAUUGGUUUGAUGGUAAAUAACAUGGUAAAGGACUGAUGAUAAAUAAAGAGGGAAAGAAGAAAUUUGGAGAAUGGGUCAAUGGAAAGUUAAUUAGUUGUAGUGAGGAGACGAAUGUAUAAAUAAUUCCUGAGGGUUGGAUUAAUAAGGCUUGA